GGCCAGUUGAGCGCCUGGGUUCACAGCGUCAUUGAUUCGGCGAGUGCCUGGAGAUCUCUCUGGCUCGGGGGUAUUCCACCUCCGUAUCUCGCCGUCUGCCCACAGGUGCUAGAAUACAAUCGUACAAUUGCAUGAUAAUAGGUGUUUGACCGAGCCAGACACCAACGCUCACUCCUCAGCCGCUAGAGCAGCGUGCCUCGCCAAGCCCCAAACCGUGCGUUAGUUACUCUACUCUACUCUACUCUAGAGGGAAAGAUGGAAUUCGUUGCUUGCAGUGUCACCUACCGUCACCUACCAUCACCACACGACACCACACGUCGCAAUGACCAGUCUCAAGCGCUCGCUGACCGAAAGCCGAACGGACAGCGGCUUCGCCUCGAAGGUGUUCCUGCGCUCGUCGAAGGGGAAGUGCGUCAAGGUCGUGCGCGAGCUGUACCUGCGACAGGAUAUCCCGUGCUCGUCAGAUCUCUGCGUGCCGUGCAAUAUCGCGGCUCCUCCGGACUCGAAUGGAAAAGUCAAACCGUUCGUGCUCUCAGCGACGCCCGCGGGCACUUCGGCGUUCAAGGACGGCCACUACCUGGUCCCGGACACCAACAUCUUCCUGUACUGCAUGGACGUGAUCGAGCACAAGUCCGCGUUCUACGACGUGGUGGUUUUGCAGACGGUGCUGGAGGAGCUGCGGAACCGGUCGCUGCCGUUGUACAACCGUCUGCGCGCGCUCGCCGCCUCGCAGGAUAAGCGCUUCUAUGUCUUCCACAACGAAUUCCGGAAGGAGACGUAUGUGCGCCGGCUGCCGGCCGAGACGAUCAAUGACCGGAACGAUAGAGCGGUGCGUGUGGCUUGCGCUUGGUAUAAGAGCCAUCUCGAAGAGGCCGUGGCCGGGACGAAGAGUCGUUGUCCCGAGGUGGUGAUGUUGAGUGAUGAUAAGGACAAUCUACGGAAGGCCAAGGCGGAGGGGGUUUCGUGCUGCAAUAUCAAGGAGUAUGUCAAGGGACUGGAGAACGCCGAUGAGCUGUUUGAUAUGAUCAGUGCGGCGUUGGAGGAUCAGGAUGCUAAGGCGGCGCGUGGUGAUAUGAUCUAUCCCGAGUACUACUCCAUGUCGAAGAUGAAUACUGGUGUGAAAGCGGGGACGCUGCACCAGGGAAUCUUCAACGUCAGUACCUACAACUUCUUGGAGGGGUCGAUCCAUGUUCCAUUACUCGACCGGCCUCUGAUCAUUCUCGGUCGUGAGAACAUCAACCGUGCCGUAUCAGGCGAUCUGGUGGUUGUUGAGCUUCUUCCGCAGGAUCAAUGGAAGCAACCUUCCAGCAAAAUCCUUGAGGAGGAAUCCCUAAACAAGAACGACAAUCCCGAAACAGACCAACCGGAAGCGGUUGAGACGGAGCAAGAGCGAAGGGCAUUGAUCGAAGAGGCGAAGCGAUCCCAAGGCAACAGUGCUGAGGGAAAGCCGCAGCCCACGGCGAAAGUUGUCGGCGUUGUCAAGCGGAACUGGCGGUACUACGUGGGCCAUGUUGAUCCCUCGUCUGCCUCGAAAAACAAAGGGAGGGGCCAGCAGACUGUAUUCCUGCUUCCCAUGGACAAGCGGAUUCCCAAGAUUCGCAUUCGCACACGACAAGCCUCGGAGCUGCUCGGAAAACGGAUUGUGGUGGCCAUUGACUCUUGGGACAGGACUUCCAGAUACCCAGUGGGCCACUUUGUUAGAUCGCUAGGAGAACUGGAGACUAAAGAGGCCGAGACCGAGGCGUUGCUGUUGGAAUACGAUGUUCAGUAUCGGCCUUUCCCUAAGUCGGUCCUGGACUGCUUGCCCAGCGAAGGACACGAUUGGAAGGUACCAGAGAUGACCGACCCUAGGUGGAAGGGCAGAGUCGAUUAUAGAGAAAAGUUAAUCUGCAGUAUCGAUCCUCCGGGUUGUCAAGAUAUCGACGACGCACUCCAUGCUGCUCCUCUUCCUAAUGGCAACUUUGAGGUGGGCGUUCACAUCGCUGAUGUCACCCACUUCGUCAAGCCCAACACUCCAAUGGAUGACGAGGCUACUGCCCGAGGAACGACAGUAUACCUGGUGGACAAGCGUAUUGACAUGUUACCGAUGCUGCUUGGUACCGACCUCUGCUCCCUAAAGCCAUACGUCGAGCGGUUUGCCUUCUCCACCAUCUGGGAGAUGACGCCAGACGCGGAGAUCGUCUCGGUCAAGUUCGACAAGUCAGCCAUCAAGUCUCGCGAAGCUUUCAGCUACGAGCAGGCGCAGAUCCGCAUCGACGACGCCGGUGCGCAGGACGACCUGACGCAGGGAAUGCGCACGCUCCUGAUGCUCUCCAAGAAGCUGCGUGCCAACCGUAUGGCCAACGGUGCACUGAACCUCGCCAGUCCCGAAGUCCGUAUCGAAGCGGACUCGGAGACAUCGGACCCGAUAGAUGUCAAGACUAAGGAGCUGCUGGAAACUAACUCUCUGGUCGAGGAGUUCAUGUUACUCGCCAACAUCUCGGUAGCCGGCAAGAUCUACGAAGCCUUCCCCCAGACAGCCAUGCUGCGUCGCCACGGCGCACCACCAGCCACCAACUUCGAAGAGCUCCAGAAGCAGCUCAAGGUCCGCAAGAACCUGCCGUUGAGAGUUGACUCGAGCAAAGCCCUCGCCGACUCCCUCGACGAGUGCGUCGACCCCAACGACCCCUUCUUCAACACCCUCGUACGCAUCCUCGCCACGCGCUGCAUGCUCUCCGCCGAGUACUUCUGCUCCGGCACGCAAGCCUAUCCCGAGUUCCGCCACUACGGCCUCGCCUCGGAGAUCUACACGCAUUUCACGUCGCCGAUCCGCCGGUACGCCGAUGUCGUCGCGCAUCGCCAGCUCGCCGCCGCGAUCGAAUACGAGCGCCUCGACCAGUCGCUGCAUUCCAAGGCCAAGCUCGAGGCCGUCUGCAAGAACAUCAACGUGCGCCACCGCAACGCGCAGUUUGCCGGCCGUGCCAGCGUCGAGUACUAUGUUGGCCAGGCGCUCAAGGGCCGCGUCGCGCAGGAGGACGGGUUCGUCAUGCGCAUCUUCAGCAACGGGUUCGUCGUGUUCGUGCCCAGGUUCGGAAUCGAGGGCGUCAUCAAGAUCAAGGAGAUGUCGGAGGCGGGAGUUGCGUACGAGCCGAAGACGGAGUUCGAUGGCGAGAACUAUACGCUCAAGGUUGAGACGGGGAAGAGGGAGGUGCUGCUGGAGUUAUUCGCCAAGGUCAAAGUUACGGUUACCGAUGCGAAGGAGGAGAGUACUGGGAAGAGGAAGAUUCAGUUGAAGCUGGUGAUUUGAAGGCAUGUGACUGUAGACAGUAUUU